GUMUCRAACACCUURCAACAGAAACACAGAACCUGAUGGAGAGAAGGAUGACUUUGAAUGAAGACAUCAAGUAUCUGACAGAAGAGAAAGACAAAAGGUGCGAGUUGUGUCCACUUGGAUGGAUUCUCUACAAGGGUAAAUGCUACCUGUUUCAUGAUACACCACCUCGUUGGAAGACCUGGGAAGAAAGUCAAAGGUUCUGUGAGAUUAGACGAUCACAUUUGGUUGUAAUUGAUGAUCUGGAGGAGCAGGAAUUUGUCAACAGAAACAUCUUGUUCUACUAUGAUAAGUCCCACGGAUACUGGAUAGGAUUACAAGAAGUUAACAACACCUGGACCUGGCUUGAUGGACGUGCAGAUACUCUUGGGUUCUGGGCGAAGAAGUGGAWCUCUGMWGUUGGAYCGUAUGCACUGSUGCWCYCAGAMCAAAAUCCCAACAACUGCUGGUCAAAAGAACASAAUDKGUUUCRGAACAARUKUAUUUAWCGGCUUGAAAAGAGCGCCUACGAUGUGCACAUCCGCCUAKAGKGCGCAGCGUUCCGCUGUUKGAUACAACACUGUCUGGAGGCGGAGGGAUCCGCUGGUCAGUACAGCGGUCSUGGCGGCGAAUCCRUCMCGCAGGCCUCUGCUGUUGGGGGUCAGUGA